AUGUUAAUUUUUGAAUGGAAUGAUGUUGUUGAAGAAUUAAAUAAUGCUAUUACAACAAGAAGGUAUAUUCUAUCAGAGGCAAACCAAGAAAUGGAAGGAUUGAUGAUAAGUGAUGAAGAGAUGUUUCAAAUAAAUGAAUAUAUGAAAUACUUUGGAAGAGAAAUGGGAAUGAAAGAAAAAGAAUUAUUUGAAAUGAAUAAAGUUGCUAAAGAAAUUGGAAAUGAAUUUGAGGUAGAAUAUGAAAAUUAUAAGAAAGAACAAAGAAAAAAUACAAAACAACAUAAAGACAAACAAGCUCAAAUAAAACAACGAAUGAUAAAUCAACAAAAGAAAAUAUUAACAAAAGAUAAACAAGAAAUACAAGAGUUAGUUAAAGAAGUAGAAAAAGAAGAAGAAAUUUGUGUUAUUUGUCAACAAAAAAAGAAUGAUAUUAUAGGCUUUUUCACUUGUUUUAGUGAAAAUAAAAAAGUUGAAACUAUUAGAAAAAUGAAUGAUGGAAUUAAAGUGAAAUGCAAUGUUAAUGGAUGUCAACAUACUGUACAUUAUAAUUGUUAUCAACAGUAUAAAAGAAAUAUAUGUCCAAUAUGUAAAUACCAAAUUAAUCAUUUUCUACCUCAUCAAGAUGAAUUUAAGAAAGAAGAAUCAACUAGUAUUGAAGGAAAAGAAAUUACGAGAAAAGAGGUAUUAAGAAAUUGUAUUUUUAAUGAAUUCUAUGAUGAAAAAAAUCAAUCAAUUGAUAUAUUAGAAAAUGCUAUUGAUUGUUUAUAUGGUACAAUAGUAUCAUUACAGUGUUCUUCAGAAUUAAAUUAUUUAUAUAAAGAAACAGAUAAACAAAUAAUAAUAUCAUUGUUAGAAUCAGCUCGUUUUAUUUUUCGUGAAACUGAACUAUUUCAAGAUUUAUAUCAAAUACAAAAUGAUAUUGAAGAUUAUUAUCAGCAAUGUAAAAACCCUUUAAAAAUUUAUUUAUUUAGUUUAGUUUCUCAAUCAAAUUCAAUGGAACGCAUUGCUUGGACAUCACAAGCAAGAAAUUGUGCUUGUAUUGCAAAACAACUUCAAUUAAAUCAUGAUGAAUUUGUUAUUAUUGAUGAUAACAUUCAAUAUCAAAAUAUAGCAUUACCAACAAAUGUACAAAAAGAAUUACAAAAAUGUUUAAGCAUUAAACAACUUACUGAACAAUUGACAUGUGUAUUAAAUGAUCAAAUAAAAAUAUUAAAUGAGAUUAUUGGAAUUAAAGAAAUUAAUGUAUCUUUAAGAGUCUAUGAAAUGAUGGGAUUUAUUGAUGAGCUUUUAUUUAAUAGUUUACCUGAUAUCAAACAACCUAUUUUUGAUUUUAAAUUACAAAAACAUUUUAAAGAUUUUGUAGGUCAAUUUGCAGAACAAAAAUGUAGUGUGUGUCAUGAAGUACCAAAAGAAUAUAUGAAAUGUUCAUAUUGUUUAAAUUGUGGUGCAUUUGUUUGUGAUAAUCAAGAAUGUUUUAUCAAUCAUAAAUCAAAAAAUGAAUCUCCUGAUUUAUUAUAUAUUUAUUUAAGAAAUGGAAGAAUUUGUGUUCAUAUUAAUUCAACACUAACUGCUUCGUCUUGUAUUUACUUUAAUAAAUACGCAGAGUCUUUUGAACAAAGUCAAUUAAAAAAUAGUGAAUUUAUUUUAAAUGAACUAAAACUACAAGAAUUUUUACAACAUUAUAUAAGAGGAGAUGUUAUAGAAAAUCCAUUGUUUAAAUGA